UUGCACAUUGUUGAAAAUUAUCAAAGAAAUGCUAAGAAAAUAGAGUUUAAAUCCUAAAAUUUAUGCAAACUGCAUUAAGCACUUGGCAUGGCAGUAGGUCGGCGCUGCGGGCGCGGCCGGUGAGGAGCGGCGCGGGGCCAUGGCGGAGCCCGAGCCCGCGCCCGCCGGCCUCGCCGACGCCGUGCUGCUGGCGCCCCUCACCGAGGACUCCUUCCUGCACAACUUGCACGUGCGCUACAAACGGGACAUCAUCUAUACGUACGUGGGCAAUGCGCUGGUGUCGGUGAACCCGUGCCGCGCACUGCCGUUGUACUCUGCGGAGCUGGUGCGCACAUACCUCGCGCGCCCGCCCUACCUACUGCCGCCACAUCUUUACGCCAUAACCGCCACCGCCUACCGCUGGGUCCGGGACAGAAAUGAAAACCAAUGUAUCGUGAUAACAGGAGAGAGUGGUGCUGGUAAGACGGAGGCAGCACGCGUUUGUCUACAGUGCGCGGUAGUAGCAGGCGGGGGCGGUGGCGGAGCCCUGGCCGCCGCGGGGACCCUACUAGAGGCCUUCGGCAACGCCGCAACCGCACGAAACCAUAACGCGAGUAGAUUCGGUAAACUACUAGACAUCGAGUUUGAUUUCAAAGGAGAGCCCGUCGGUGGUCAUAUAACUCAUUACCUACUGGAGAAGGAGCGCGUUUGUUGCGUGGCGGAGGGCGAGAGAAACUUCCACGUUCUGUAUCAACUGCUGGCUGGCGCGGACGCACAUUUACUAAAGCGGUUAAAGCUGCAGCGUUCAUGGGAGCAGUACCGGGUGUUGCGCGGUGGGGCCACGUGCGCGGAGGGCGGCGCCUCCCCGCGCCGCGCCCCGCCCCAGCCCCCGCCCGGGCCCCGCGCGCCGCAAGCUGACAAAGACCACUUCGCAUUCACUAAGGCGGCGAUGGGAGCGUUGGGGUUUAGUGCGGCGCAGUGUGGUGCAGUGUUGCGAGUGUUGGCGUUUCUUUUGAAGUUAGGCAACGUACAGUUCGAGCCGCAGCACAACAUAGAUGGGUCCAUUGGAACCAGAUUACAGCACGAGUACGAGCUCCGCGAGGCGUGCGCGCUGGUCGGUGUGGAGGCGGAUGCGCUGGUGCUAGCGUUGGGCGCGGCGCCGCCACACGACGACGUGGCACCCGAGGAGUCGUGCUCGGUGGAAGAGGAAUGCAGUUCGGAGGCGGGCUCGGAGAGUAACGGGGCGGGUGCGGGCGCGGAGUGGGCUCGCGCCUUGCGUGAUAGACUGAUCUGCGCGCUCUAUUCGAGACUGUUCACGUGGCUCGUUAACGCAGUCAACGAUGCUCUUAAGCCAGCUGUGGUGGGCGCUCGGCGAUCGCUCGGCAUUUUGGACGUAUACGGGCUGGAGUCCUUAGCACACAACGGUCUUGAGAGGUUGUUGAUCAACUACGCGGCGGAGAGGGUACAGGCGGCGGUGACCGCGGCCACCAUGCGCAGGGAGCAAGAGGAGUACGCACGCGAGGCGCUGUCGUGGGCCCCGCUACCGUACGCUGACCACGAGCUGUAUGCUGACUUGCUCGAUGCGGGACCAGAAAGCUUGUUGGGGAUGUUACGUGAAUGUUCGUCUCGCGGCGUCAGCGAUGCAUUGUUUCUACAAAGGCUACAACGACGACGUCAUCCGCGACUGCUGGUGUUACCUCCUGAUCGUUUUCAGGUAGUACACUUCGGCGGGCCAGUUGUGUACAGCGCUCGCGGCAUUGUCGCCAAGAACCGUGACGCGGUGUGUCGUCGCUGCGCUGCCGUGUUGGCGGAAGCCCGGGAGCCGUUGCUUGCUGCACUGUUUGCGCCCGGUGCUGGGGCCUUCAUUGGCAGCAGCAGCGGCUCGCCACGUCGGCCGUGUGCGUUGGCGUGUCGCCAGAGGGCGCUCGUGGGUGCGUUGGUGCGGAGGCUGCCGUGCGCGCCGCGGCUUGUGCGUUGUUUGCGCGCGGACGCCGCACUGCGGCCGCACAGAUUCGACUCAACGUUGUUGCGGCAUCAGAUAAGAACGCAGGGGAUUAUGGACAUGGCGUUGUUACGACGCGCGGGUUGGUGCGAGUCGAUGUGCGCACGCGCAGUUUUAUCCCGCUACGGAGUGUUGCGGGCGCGUGCCACCCCCACCCCGCCCCCUGGAGCGCCCGCCUCCCCCGCACUAGAAGCGAGGGACGAUCCCGUACGCGCCGCGCGAGCAUUGCUCCGCAGUCUACCUAUACCCAGUGCGGAGUUUGCGUAUGGACGCACUAAAGUGUUUAUACGUAGCCCUAGGACGGUGUGGGAGUUAGAAGCGUUACGUGCGGCGCGUGUUGAGAAGUUAGUACGCGGGGCGCAGCGAGCGUGGAGGAGGUACCGUGCACGCAAACGACACGUGGCGGCCGCAAAGAUCGUUGCCGCCUGGAGACGAUAUCGGAAAAAAAUCGCGGCGAUAGAAAAGAGAACUGCUAAAAGAAUAUCACAUCGGAACCUACACGUGGAGCCGGAAGCGAGUGGCAGCACAGAAGCGUCGGAGAAGAACAUUCGGGGGAAGGCAGCGUGCGUGAUCUGGCGUGCGUGGACAACUUACGCGAAACGAUCCUACCUGCUGGGCCUGUGGGCACGCUUGCCCGCCAGGCACCGUUCGCCCGCGUGCGGGGCGUGGCCGCCGUGUCCGCGGCCUCGCCUGCUUGCCCGAACGGACGCGAUGUUGCGUCGCAUGCAUCACAAGUGGCGGUGUGCGGUGUAUCGGCGUGCGUUCGACCAGACCGCGAGGAAUCGGAUGCGGGAGAAAGUCACCGCGAGUGUGCUGUUCAAGGACCGCAAAGUGACGUAUGCGCGUAGUGUGGCGCACCCAUUCGUCGGCGACUACGUGCGGUUGCGUGCUUCGGCGGCGUGGCGACGCGGGCUAGGCGCGGCGGCGGCAGAUCGAUACGUUGUCUUUGCGGACGUUGUGGGAAAGGUGGCCCGAUCCAGCGGGCGCGUUUCCCGUUGUCUUGCCGUAGUGUCAACAAGCGCUUUGCUUCUCCUCGAAGCUCGUUCCCUGCGACUGAAGCGUCGCGUGCCCGCGCACACGGUCUACCGACUGUCGCUGUCGCCGUACGCAGACGACUUGCUGGUCGUACAUGUGCGAGCGUGUGGCGGUGUAGAGAGCUCAACGGAGGAGCUGUCCCAGUGCUCAUCGCGUGAGCCACUAGACGCGCCAGGGUGUCUUUUCGGCGGCGAAGGUGCAUGGCGGCGGCGCGGUGACGUGCUCGUUCGUACGUGCCACGUGCUCGAGCUGGCCACCAAGUUGUUCCUCGUAGUGCAGAACGCCGUGGGUGCGCCGCCGCACGUCAAUAUCUCCACCGAGUUCGAGGCUAACUUCGGCCAGCAGAUGGUGACGGUGUCGUUCCACGCGGUGGGGGGCGGGGCCGCGGGAGAGGGCGGGGCGCGUCUGCUACGCCGCGGCAGUCGCAUGGACGUGCUACUCUAGCACUAGACAAUACUCCCCUUCAUUCCACGUGACGACUUGUCACUGAUUGGCAACUGUGGAGACACAUAAACAAACAAACAAAUAUGUAAUAUACAAAAUAUGUCAGAAUCAAAUUAACAUAAUCUAAUAAUUUCGGGAGAUUUUUUGGGACGUUUUAAUCCGCAAAUACCCUCUUACCGGUUAUAGGACCCCUAUUUGAAAGAACAGGCUCUAGGGAAAAAUAAAAAAUAAAAAAUCUUUCGAUAGCAUUGUCAUGAACUAAUUAACGGCCCACUACGGGGCACUACCAAUCCGCAAUGGGCCAGCGUGGUGGACGUCGGCCUAUUCAAUGUGGGGGGAGACCCGUGUCGGUAUUGGGUCGUGAAUGGGCACUGGUCUCCCUGAAUGUGAAGUAGUUAAAGAAAGAAUAGGUAAAAACAUGGCUGUAUUCUUAGAAUUUUCGAAACUGACAAAUUCUUCCAUUCAUAGUCAACGUAUGUACAGUCGUUUUGAAUUUUUAAAAUCCUGAAAUCAGAUCAUAAUUGACAGAAUUCAAUUUAUUUAAGCCAAAACCAAAAUAAUUCAUGUAUACGAACGAAAUAAGGUACAAUAACUAGUUUUUACAGUUGCCAAUCAGCAUAAAUCGUUGUUGACGCCCUAGUUAGAUACGUAAUCACACAUCUAAACUAUUUGCAUUUAAAUAACGGUGCCUGUGUUGCGUCGGCGACGUUAUUUGUCGCUCGACGUGCGGGAUAAAUCGCGCGAGCGUGCGCGUUGUGUUCACGACGUAAGGUUUGAGAGCCGGCGAACGGUUUGUUCAAGCUAUACAGGUCCAUUUUCCUGUCGUAUAGAAGACCUGACAACUCUUUGUAAUCUUUAAAACUAGACUACAUACUAGCAGUAUUUUCAUU